GCGUGCGCGAGGUCACCACCGCACCGCCGACCGCAAGGGCCCACCACCCGACUCCUGCACCCGGAGUUCCUCCUCCCUUCCCCUUCCUACCCCGCUCCGCCCUCUCCUCCAGUCCCCUCCCCCUCCCUUCCCCCUCCCCGCUUCCCCUCUUCCCUUCCCCAGGCAAUCUACAAACUCAACUCUAGUCUCCUCCCUCACGCCUUCGCCAAUGUCCAACCCUCAACUGCUUCCUCUUUCUGACCCAGAAACGGCGCCUCCCAGGGCCCAGGAGGACGAGACGGAAGUGCGUCAUGACCUGGCGCCCAGUUGUUCGUUUUACGCGCGCGUCCCUAGGAGCGGUUGUGGACUCGCUUCGUUUUUCUCACGGCUUUCCGCAGGUUUGAAGAGGUUUUGUAACGCGCUGACCACCAUUGCCGACAUGCCUUCUGUGCUGGGCUCGAUGAUGAUGGCCUCUACGUCGGCCGCCGCCUCCCUGCAGGAAGCUUUGGAAAAUGCGGGGAGGCUAAUCGACCGACAGUUGCAAGAAGACCGCAUGUACCCGGACCUUUCUGAGCUGCUCAUGGUGUCGGCCCCAAACAGUCCUACUGUUUCUGGAAUGUCCGACAUGGAUUACCCUCUGCAAGGACCAGGAUUACUGUCAGUACCCAGCCUUCCAGAGAUCAGCACUAUCCGAAGAGUUCCCCUCCCGCCUGAGCUGGUUGAACAGUUUGGACAUAUGCAGUGUAACUGCAUGAUGGGUGUUUUUCCCCCUAUAAGCAGAGCUUGGCUUACGAUUGACAGUGACAUAUUCAUGUGGAACUAUGAAGAUGGAGGUGACCUUGCCUAUUUUGAUGGACUCAGUGAGACAAUUCUUGCUGUGGGGCUUGUGAAACCAAAAGCUGGCAUCUUUCAACCUCAUGUAAGACACUUGUUGGUUUUGGCAACCCCUGUGGAUAUAGUAAUUCUUGGACUCAGCUAUGCUAAUGUACAAACAGGCUCUGGCACUCUUAAUGACAGUAUGUGUGGUGGCAUGCAGCUGCUUCCAGAUCCAUUAUAUUCUCUUCCCACGGACAACACUUACCUUUUAACAAUCACUUCCACGGAUAAUGGCAGAAUCUUUUUGGCUGGAAAGGAUGGCUGUUUGUAUGAAGUAGCGUACCAAGCAGAAGCAGGCUGGUUCAGUCAAAGAUGUAGGAAGAUAAAUCACUCCAAGAGCUCCCUCUCCUUCCUGGUGCCUUCCUUGCUGCAGUUCACGUUCUCAGAAGAUGAUCCUAUUGUUCAAAUUGAAAUUGAUAAUUCCAGAAAUAUUUUGUAUACACGAUCAGAGAAAGGAGUGAUACAGGUUUAUGAUCUGGGCCAUGAUGGACAGGGGAUGAGUAGAGUUGCUUCAGUUUCACAGAAUGCCAUUGUCUCUGCUGCUGGAAACAUUGCUAGGACUAUUGAUCGUUCCGUUUUUAAGCCAAUCGUUCAGAUAGCUGUGAUUGAGAACUCUGAAUCACUGGACUGUCAGUUACUGGCUGUCACUCACGCAGGUGUGAGGCUGUAUUUCAGCACCUGCCCGUUUAGACAGCCGUUAGCUCGGCCCAAUACACUGACACUGGUUCAUGUCCGAUUACCUCCUGGAUUUUCAGCAUCUUCAACAGUCGAAAAGCCUUCAAAAGUACAUAAAGCACUUUAUAGUAAAGGAAUUCUACUGAUGACAGCCUCAGAAAAUGAAGAUAAUGACAUUUUAUGGUGCGUUAACCAUGAUACAUUUCCUUUCCAAAAGCCAAUGAUGGAAACUCAGAUGACAACCCGUGUUGAUGGUCAUUCCUGGGCUCUUUCUGCAAUAGAUGAAUUAAAAGUAGAUAAAAUAAUCACGCCUUUAAAUAAAGAUCAUAUUCCAAUAACUGACUCUCCAGUUGUUGUACAACAGCAUAUGUUGCCUCCGAAGAAAUUUGUUCUCCUCUCGGCACAGGGUAGUCUUAUGUUUCACAAACUUAGACCUGUAGAUCAGCUGAGACAUCUGCUUGUGAGUAACGUGGGAGGGGAUGGAGAAGAGAUUGAGAGAUUCUUCAAAUUACAUCAGGAAGACCAAGCUUGUGCAACUUGCCUUAUUCUUGCUUGUUCCACUGCUGCCUGUGACAGAGAAGUGUCUGCUUGGGCUACACGGGCAUUCUUUAGGUAUGGUGGUGAGGCACAGAUGAGAUUUCCAGCUGCUCUUCCCACUCCAAGCAACGUUGGUCCCAUCCUGGGCUCUCCUAUGUAUUCUAGUUCUCCUGUCCCUAGUGGGAGUCCCUAUCCAAAUCCAUCCUCUUUGGGGACACCAUCCCAUGGUGCUCAGCCUCCUACCAUGUCAACCCCAAUGGGUGCUAUUGGAAACCCAGCCAUGCAGGCUGCAAGCAUGAGUGGUUUGACUGGACCAGAGAUUGUGUACUCAGGAAAACACAACGGUAUUUGCAUUUACUUUUCUCGAAUCAUGGGAAAUAUUUGGGAUGCUAGCUUAGUUGUUGAAAGAGUAUUCAAGAGUUCCAACAGGGAGAUCACUGCAAUUGAAAGCAGUGUGCCCAUCCAGCUGCUGGAGUCAGUGCUACAGGAACUGAAGGGUUUGCAGGAAUUUCUAGACAGAAAUUCACAGUUUUCAGGAGGACCACUAGGAAAUCCAAAUACCACUGCCAAGGUGCAGCAGCGGCUGGUUGGGUUCAUGCGUCCCGAGAACGGAAACACCCAGCAGAUGCAACAGGAGCUGCAGAGGAAGUUUCAUGAAGCUCAACUGAGUGAGAAGAUUUCACUUCAGGCGAUCCAGCAGCUGGUUAGAAAAUCAUACCAAGCUCUGGCUCUGUGGAAACUCCUUUGUGAACAUCAGUUUUCUGUCAUUGUAGGAGAACUUCAAAAGGAAUUUCAAGAGCAGCUGAAGAUCACUACCUUUAAGGAUCUGGUGAUCAGGGACAAAGAGGUCACUGGAGCAUUAAUUGCUUCUCUUAUCAACUGCUACAUCAGAGACAAUGCUGCUGUAGAUGGCAUUAGUUUACAUCUGCAGGACACCUGUCCACUUCUGUAUAGCACAGAUGAUGCAGUUUGUUCUAAGGCAAAUGAGCUUCUUCAGCGUUCCCGACAAGUUCAGAGUAAGAAUGAGAGAGAGAAGAUGUUAAGGGAGUCACUGAAGGAGUAUCAGAAAAUCAGCAACCAAGUAGACCUUCCCAGUGUUUGUGCUCAGUAUAGGCAAGUGCGCUUUUAUGAGGGUGUGGUGGAACUUUCUCUUACUGCUGCUGAGAAAAAAGAUCCUCAGGGUCUUGGACUCCAUUUCUAUAAACAUGGGGAGCCAGAAGAUGAUGUAGUUGGUCUUCAGACUUUCCAAGAGAGAUUAAACAGUUACAAGUGCAUUACAGAUACUCUUCAAGAACUGGUAAAUCAAAGCAAGGCAGCUCCCCAGUCUCCUAGUGUACCCAAAAAACCUGGUCCUCCAGUGUUGUCGUCUGACCCCAACAUGCUGAGCAACGAAGAAGCAGGACAUCACUUUGAACAAAUGCUUAAAUUGGCUCAGCGAUCCAAGGAUGAGCUCUUCAGUAUUGCUCUUUAUAACUGGCUAAUACAAGCUGAUCUUGCAGAUAAACUACUACAGAUUGCAUCUCCAUUUCUGGAGCCACAUCUUGUGCGAAUGGCCAAAGUGGAUCAAAACAGAGUUCGAUAUAUGGAUUUACUCUGGAGGUAUUAUGAGAAGAACAGGAGCUUCAGCAGUGCUGCUCGGGUCCUGUCCAAGUUGGCUGACAUGCACAGCACAGAAAUUUCACUUCAGCAGCGACUAGAAUACAUUGCUCGAGCCAUUCUUAGUGCGAAAAGUUCCACUGCCAUUUCAUCCAUAGCUGCAGAUGGUGAAUUCCUGCAUGAGUUAGAAGAGAAAAUGGAAGUUGCUAGGAUCCAACUUCAGAUACAAGAGACACUACAAAGGCAGUACUCUCAUCAUUCCUCAGUGCAGGAUGCAAUUUCUCAGCUGGAUUCUGAGCUCAUGGACAUCACUAAGCUUUAUGGGGAAUUUGCUGACCCAUUUAAACUUGCAGAAUGUAAACUUGCAAUCAUUCAUUGCGCUGGUUAUUCAGAUCCCAUAUUGGUACACACACUUUGGCAAGAUAUCAUAGAGAAAGAAUUGAAUGAUAGCGUAGCAUUGAGCUCAUCAGAUCGAAUGCAUGCUCUUAGCCUCAAGCUAGUCCUCCUUGGCAAAAUCUAUGCUGGCACACCUCGUUUUUUCCCUCUGGAUUUUAUCGUGCAGUUCUUGGAGCAGCAAGUGUGCACUUUAAACUGGGACGUGGGCUUUGUGAUACAGACCAUGAAUGAAAUCGGCCUGCCUUUACCUAGGCUGCUAGAAGUUUAUGAUCAGCUCUUCAAAUCACGGGAUCCAUUCUGGAACAGAGUGAAAAGCCCAUUGCACCUUUUGGAUUGUAUCCAUGGACUAUUGACAAGAUAUGUUGAGAAUCCUUGCCUAGUUGCAAAUUGUGAGAGGAGAAGGUUUACAAAUCUCUGCCUGGAUGCUGUCUGUGGUUAUCUGGUUGAACUUCAGUCAAUGAGUUCUUCGGUAACAGUACAAGCCAUCACUGGGAAUUUUAAAUGCCUCCAAGCAAAGUUGGAACGGCUCCAUUGAUUACUGUAGCAUAUUUUCUUGCUUGCAUUUUGGUCUGUAAAAUAAAAGCUCAGCUGGGUCCAGAAAUCAGGUGUUGUAAAUCUAAGAAUUUUGGUAGAAAAUUUUUUUAAUGAAUGAUAGUUAUCUACAAAUAGUACAUUUAACAAAUGAUUUGUUUUUUAUGAUAGUAUUUUUUUUAAUUGAUAAGUUGGGCCCAGAUAUGUAGCUCAGUGGUAAAAUGUUUAUAUAGUAUGUAAAAAGUCAGUACCACACACAAACACAUCAGUUUAUAGCUAAAAUAAGAUUACAUAUGAUUAUGACACACAAAGAUUUUGAAUUUUACUGUUGUAACAAUUUUGAAUUUGUAUUAUUUAUCUCCAGGUUUAUGUAGGAUGUUAGUAUUAAAACUUGUAGGCUAUGCCAGGUUUGGUGGCACGUGCCUUGGGGAAGCAGUGGCAGGUGGAUCUCUAGAACUCACUGAGAUUUUCAGGCCAAGGGCUACAUAGUGAAAUCUUGUCUUUAAAACAAACAAACAAAAACACCUUAUAGGCUGGGUCUGUUCCCAUAGUGUUAGAUUCUAUAACAGUCCUUAAUUAUUCACUUUUAAAUUAAAUAUUUUAUCAGUUACAGCCCUUUAUGUUCUUUCUUCCUCAUUUUUCCCUCUCUUACCAUAAAUAUGUACAUUAGAUUUUAUGUCUACAUUUAUAUAUGUGUGUGCAGGAUAUAUAUGUAUGUAUGCAUAUACAGGAUCAUUUAAGCAUGUAAGAAACUUGUAACACUUCUGUGUACUUGAAACCUUCAUGAUCGGUCUGCUGUGGGCUGUGGUGGUGCUCGCCUUUAAUGACGGCACUUGGGAGUGUUGGGGAGACUCGGAGUUCACGGCCAGUCUAGUCUACAUAGUGAGUUACAAUUCAACCACAGCUCUACAAGGAUUACUGUUUCCUUAGAACCCUCGCUGCCAAACUGUAUGCUUCAAGCCAGCAACAGCCAUAGCAUCCAGGAAUGUGUUACAAAUUAAAUUCCUGGGUCUCUGGUCAGUUCUACCAAACCAAAACCUGUGGCAUAAAUGCCUGUCUUUGUGUUUUAACAACCCUUCCAGUGGAUCCAGAUUUAUGUCUAUUGAUGAACCCAUUUGUAAAUACUGUUUUCUAUAUGGAUGCAUUCCCUCUCUUGAUUUUUUCCAACCCCCUUUUUUGUCAGUAACCACAACACAAGUUUUACCCAAAAUAUAACAUAUAAAGCAACAUUGCUAGUAAUCUAGUUUGUUUUUGUUUUUUAAUACUGGUGGAUUGGAACAGGGUUUUCAUGCUAAACAGGUAAGUGUGCUCCCACUGAAGGUAUAUCCUCAACCCCUGAAUAAUCUUUAACAUGUUAGAAGAGCUGACUAAACUAAGUUUUCCGAAGUAAUAUCAAAGACAAAAGGAAAGACUGAGAAUUACUAAAGCUAAUCAAAAAAAGAGAAAAAGAAAAAACAACUGGUUUGUACUCCUUAGUUGUUUUAUUGUUUAUUUUAUUUUUUACAACAGAUUCUGACAUAGCCUAGGCUAAUAUUAAGCUGUAACUGCCUAGAGUGAUCUUGAAUUUCCAAUCCUCUGGCCUCCUCCACCUAAGUGCUAGGAUUAUAGGCAUGCUUCACUGUGCCCAGUUUUUGUGAGGAUGGUGUUAAACCCAGAGUUCUGUAAGGUGAGCACCUUAUCGACUGAGCUAUGUUCCCUGUCAACCCCCACUCUUUUUUCUUUUUCUUUUUCUUUCUUUCUUUCUUUCUUUCUUUUUUUUUUUUUUUUUUUUUUUUUUUUUUUUUUUUUUUUUUGCAAGGUCUCACUAUAUAUCCCAGGCUAGCUGCAAACACACGCUGAUCCUCCUGCCUAUCCAAGCGUGUGCCACCAAACCCAGCUUCCACUCUUAUUUAUGCUACUGGGCAUAUUCUCUUCUGUUUGUUGUCACUGAUAGAGAUGCAGCAGUUUUGUAAAUAUAUCUUGAAUAUAUUUCUACUUUUAUCUUCUCCUAAGAUUAUGGAUUUCUUUUUCCAAAACACUGUAGAAUUGAGCUCCAUUUUCACUUACAGUCUUUGAAUGUAUAUUUCAUAAAAGAUCAAAGUAAUGCUGAUUGGGUAUCACUACCUCAUAGUUUUCAGUUUUUCAUCUUCUUAAGUAAUCUUAUAAUCUGUAAAAUGAAUGCAUUUGAUAUAUUAAUGGUUUUGUGCAUUUAAAAUUCUGUCAUGCUUAUUUUAAAUGAAGGUCUUAUUUCAAUGCUUUAAUCUAGAUGUGGAUCCAUUUUUGCUAGAAAUACAUGACACUAUCUC